AAGAAUCUAAAGGGAUUCAGUAGUGCAAAGAAACCCACUGGAUGCUGAACCAUUUAGAGAUGUGCUUUGCUUUCCUGCAAACCCUGGCAUAAGCUGUAGAAAUAUUGGAGAAUAACAGGAGAAUCACUUGCCAUUAUGGAUCUCCAUAUCAAAGGAAUUUUGGCCAUCGCUACAUGUGCUCUCUUUGUUGGUGCAGAUAUCACUUCAUAUGUUCCACAAUUGACCCUCUCGCCUAUCGUGGGCACAGUAACAAGUACAACAUUUGUACUAGACAAACCACAAUGCGUAUUUGGUAACACAGGGAAUCAGGUUUGGUUGCUUGUUGCUAGAAGUAACGUGUCAGCGAAUGUGGUGCUCACUCCACCCUCCAUGUAUUCAUCAUUUGCCACUAAAGGAUACUACCAUGUUCCCUUUGGCACUGAAUCUUUAUACCACUGCUCUAACACAGCUGAAUAUAUCCGAGUUGGAGAUACUGCGCAGUGUAAUGAUAAUACAAACUGCAAUGGUCCCUUACCUGAUCCUGGGCCUUACCGGGUGAAAUAUCUUGUGAUGAACAAUAAUGCUCUAGUCUCACAAUCACUUUGGUCUCAACAAAUAACUUUGCUGACAGGGAAAAGUUCAUCUCAACUCGAUACUUGGCCUGGGAGGAGAAGUGGAGGAAUGAUUGUUCUAACCAGCAUUCUAUCAGUUCUUAUGGGAAUUUUGACACUUUGCCUAUUUGCUGCUUUCUUUGUUGGAUGCAAGAAGAUGUGCCAAAAGAAAAGUACAGAGGAAAAGUCGAUAGUCAUAGUAAAUGAGAAUACGAAGAAUUACAAAACACACUAUUCCUCAACCAUUCGUCACCAAACUGACCCACUGUCAAGCCCUGAGCCCAAAACUGCAUAGAUCCCUGAAAAUGAUUUUUAAGUAAAUCUUACCUGUCAGUAUAUUAUAAAGAGUAUGAUACGACUUGUAGGAAAAGCCUCAUCACAUCAUUGUACUAAUAAUCCUAUGAAAUGUAGCUAAAAUAGUCCAGAAUGUCUACUAUUCUACAACGGUGCUAUGCUACCUUCUGUCCUCUUGGGUAUAAGUUCUUGGCUGUACAAGUGGUUUGUAUUUUGCACAUGUCACCCAAGCAGAAGAGGUGGGUCAUUGAAGGAAUAUGACAUUUUGACAGAUUUUUGCUUCUGUGAGAAUAUUUAAAUAGCAUUGCUGAGCUCAGCGAAAGUUUAUUGAUUCACACACUGUAUUUUGGUAUUAGAUUGGAUCUGAAAGAAUCAUCUAGCUGUAGAUUUACUGUGCAACUAAUAGACACCUUGGUAUUUUUCAGCUCUUCUGGCACUUUGGGGAGAUGCAGUUUAAAACAAUGCUAGUCAUUCCCCCAUCAAUGCUGUCAGUGAUAACUUUGAAAUAACAUCUUUCCAUCAUCAUUACUAAGAAUGAAAUGCUUUAGACCCAUGUUGUCACACUGAAAAAGAUUUAAUGGUGAUUAUUUAGCUGCAAUUUUGAUUUAUUUAUAAUAUGUCCCAACAACAGAAUUUUGAAUUGAGGAGAUAAAAUAUUUGGUUUCAGUAGCCCAGUUGAGACAUAGUAUAUGCAAUAAAUCACAUUAAGUACACAUUUGUCAUUUUGGUUAUUAUUCUCAUAUAAUUAUUAAAUCCUAAUUCACAAAUUUACAUUUACAACUGAAUGCAAAUAUUUUUAUAACACCUUCUUUAUCUUUUAAGGAAACCAAAAGUGACAGUAAAUGACAGUAAAGCCUGUAAAGUCAAUAUAUCUACUUUACCUUUAUAUCUAGUAUACCUUUUUAUUCUAUAUGUAACUCUCUCCUCUGAUUUUUUCUUUUGUUUUUUUGAAAAUAAACAUUUUUUUAAAAUGUG